AGCAGAGGAAAGUUUUCAGAACCCCCGGCAUUGGGCAGAGGGAAGGUCUUGAGCUCUGCAGACAGAGGCAUUAUUUGCAUACCGACGACCUAGCUGUGGUAAGACACCUUCCAUGCUGAAGAUGGACCAUGCUAACGUGACCCAAGCCAUGCUCGAUGCUGAGUCCCGCAGCGCAGAGAAGAACAGCAACGAGUAUUUUUACAUUCUGAUUGUCAUGUCUUUCUACGGGAUCUUCCUGAUAGGGAUCAUGCUCGGCUAUAUGAAGUCCAAAAAUAAGGAGAAGAAAUCCAAUUUGCUUCUGCUUUACAAAGAUGAGGAGAGAGAAUGGGGGGAAGCUGUGAAGCCUCUACCAACCAUCUCGGGGCUGAAGUCUGUGCAGAUCCCCAUGAUGCUGAACAUGCUGCAGGAGAGCAUGGUGCCAUCCCUGUCCUGCGCCAUCUGCUCCAUGGAAGGCAGCAGCGUGAGCUCCGAAUCCUCCUCCCCAGACGUGCACUUCACCAUCCAGGAGGAAGUGCUGGAUGCUGAACUGGGGGAAGUGUCAGAAACGCUCCUCAACGAGAGCAGCGAGGGAUCUGCAGAAAACAUCCACAAGAACUCCUAGCACUUGCAGAGCUCCCUGGAUCGGCUGCCAAAGCGUGAGUGGAGCUCCCACUAAGAACUUGUGGUUCUACUUUCUAAGGAACUCUGAACAGGUAUCCGUGCCCCAGGGCCUGAGGCGUUCCUGAGAGCUGGCAGGACAAGGAAGCAGUGGUACCCAGCUCCAAAGUGGAACUUGCACAUAAUUGGGAUGCUUAAUUUUAAUUUUUACAUUAUUAUUUCUUACCAUAGGAGCUAAACCCAAGGAGAAUAUAUAUAUAUUUAUUUUCUAAUGAAGGAACUAUUAUUGGCAUGUCUCUGCAUAUUUCAGAAUUCUGUAAAUAUCUGGGAAAUGUUUUAGGGAAGUUACCCUAAUGCAAGUGCCUGGUUGUUAAAGAUGAUGAGUGAUGCUCAUUCACAUAAAACUGUGGUAGACUACAAGUACUUUCACUGUUUUUCUUAUAACAAACCACAGUCAACAGCAGAUUUGCUCAAUGAGGCCUCAAAAGCUGAAAAUGCUGUAGCUGAAGGGAGAUUGCAGCAUGGCUGGAGGCUGACUUCAGGCACAUAAAGGAAAAAAAGGAAGAAAGAGAGGCACUGAAUUUCUAGGAGGUUUGUAAAGCCCAGUUUCAAAUCCAUACCACUACAUCUAUUCUUGCUUAAGUUGUACCUGUAGCGGCUGGGUCAGGUUCAACAACUUCUGCUGCAAUCCAGCCUUUAACUGAGUCCCUAGCAGGAGAAGUGGUUUUGCUUUUUUGCUUUUGUGUUUUUUAAAGAUAUGUACAUAUGAUCACUAGAGGCAAAGAUCUGUAAGUUAAAGAAGACAUUAAAAGAUCUUUGUUACAAGGUGUGAGAUGUAGAAAGGCUUGAACAAUUGCUGCUCUGUAAUGCCCCCCUUGGAAAAUAGGUGGAAUUCAGAAUGGAAUUUAACCUAGCAAGGGUGAAACCCUGGCCCCACUGAAGUCAUCAGCUGAGUUGUCCUGACUUCAGGGGACGUGCACAAGAUUUUGUGCUUCUCUGUUGGAGUUAAAUUCUCCAUCUGAGGUCAGUACAACUGCAUCCAUUUACACCAUUAAAGAAUCUAGACUUUCUGCCCUAUUGAAGACAGUGUACAUAAACAUUGCGUUACAUCCUCUUUCCUUUAUAAUCAGCUUGCAUGUGACAUCUGCAUUUCUCUGAAGUCAUUAGUAACUAGUUUUUAGAACCCUCCCAAGCUUCCCCCCUCCCCCCAGUUUAAUGGUACUGUGAUCUGUUUUUUUCAGAUGCUCAUGAAGUUAGUUACCAAAUUAUUGCACUGUUAAAGAAGUAAGAACGAUUAAAAACAAGAGAAUGGCUAUUUCGAUCAUACCUUAUAUGUUAUAAUAACUUAUGACAUUUUUUGGGUUAGUUCAGAGGCACGAGGGCUGGAGAGCCUGGAUCUGAAGCAUUGCACAGCAAAACCUUUGCAAAAUGUCUCCUCGUAUUUCCUGCGCUAAAAUAGCCCCGAGAUUUAUCCACUGGCAUUAGAGCUUGAGAGGCAGCUGGAAAAAUAUGAACGCUGAGCAGCAGAGACCAACUGAAGCGAGAGUCUGCUGCGCUUCUGCUGUUUCGAAGGGAGAGCUCUGCCUGUGGCUUGGCGGCUGAAGGCGACGCAGCCCGCAGAGGUCUCGCUGUCUCUCUCCAGACGCAGCCGAACAAAGGCUCCAUUGUGCUCGCUGAGGGCCUGAUUCCAUUCGGACUGAAGGCAGUGGGAGUUUUUCCAUCGACUUCAGUGAACUUUGGAUCAGACCAUAUAAAGCUUUUUGGUAGAUUUACUCCAAAAGGGGCUGUUUUAAGUUUGAAAGAAGCCAAAUUAAGUUUGGCACUUUGCCUGGAAUCACUUGAAUCCCGAAACUUUCCAAAUGAGACUGACAUGCGCGAGUUGUCACAUUUUCCAUUGCUCUCUCCUUCGUCCUGUCGGUAUAAAUGUAUUUGUAUCUGUAAAAAUCCCGAUGUAUAUAAUUCCUAACAUUGAGUUGUAAAUAGUUGUCUCAUCGUAUUUAAAGUUUAUUGUU